UAUUAAACACCACUUGUUCAAGGUGACAAGGAUGCCAGAAAUCCACUAUCUGAUAUGACCUUUGGAAGAAUGUGACACAUCGAUGUAAAACAAUGAGACCUCGACUAAGAUUAACGAACUUCAAGCAUUUGGUAGUUCUCUUACUGUCCUUUGUUUUAACUAUUCAUCUUCUUCUUUACCUUCAUUCUUCCUCAUCUUCAAUAAAUUCUCACGUCAAAAAAGAUUUCCCUGUAGAUCGUAUGUUUAAUGAUUUAAAGAACAAUAUUGCUAAGAAAGGAGUGCUAAUCUACCCACCUUCAAGUUUGAAACAGCCUAGAGGUGAAAGUGGUUGGGUGGUGUUAAACGGAAACGUCACAGUACAUGUGGGUCACGUGCAUACACCUCACAACUACACGUAUCUCAUUAACCCCACGUCCCGUUGUGAAUCUUUUGACCGGACACGAUUAAAGCUUCUUUUGUUUAUAGCGUCUGCAGUUAAGAACAUCAAACAAAGACAGAUGAUUCGAGAUACUUGGGGAGUAUGGGCUUUACAGGAAGCACUCAAUUUCCGCAUUGUGUUCAUAGUUGGAGUUACUCCAAGUACAGAUGUACAGCGCCAUCUAGAGGAAGAAAAUGUCAGGUACGGAGAUAUAGUUCAAGAAGACUUUCCUGACACCUUUAAGCAUCUAGCGUUGAAGUCUGUCAUGGGACUUAAAUGGUCUGUCAGUUUUUGUAACAAUGCAGACUUUGUUAUGAAGACUGAUGAAGACAUUUUUGUGCAUAUUCCAAACUUACUGAAAAUUUUACACAACUUUUAUUCCACCAAAGGACGAACUUUAAUAUGCCAUUUCAACCGUGUUCGUCGCAUUCUUCGAAAAGACUUCCUCGAUACCGCCCCUCCCCACUAUAUCAAGUAUAUGGUUACUGAACAGGAACUUCCGGGCCAGUACUUUCCACCAUAUUGUGCUGGACUAGGAUACGUUUUCUCUAUAUCUGUAGCCGAAGAGCUCUACAAAGCUGCACUUUCAACUCCAGUGUUUUUCAUAGAAGAUGUCUACAUCACAGGAUUCUGUCGUUACAAGGCUCGGGUGGAGAUGUACGACCAUCCGAGUUUCACCCUAAAACCUUCUAUCCACCUUCAGCAAGGGAGCUGUGCUUUCAGUGAUGGAAGGGUAACUUCUCAAGAACUACAACUCCAGGAACUGCACGAAUUAUGGAAGCAAGUGAAUACACAAGGAUUCUUCUGUCCGCAAGUAGUGGGGUACCUUAGUUGACUUGAAACAGGAAAAAAAUAUGAACUGUAGACGUUGUUUGAGAUUAACCAUAAUUCUAGUUUGAAACUCGAUGUCUAGAUAUAUUGUAAAUUGUAGUUACUAAUACUGUGAUGACUUGAUUUGAUCUUUAGAACAUAAACUUACGUAUGCUACUGAUACUAUUAUUUAUAGCUAGACAUAUACAAUUGAUACUAUAAAGUGCGGUUAGGCUUAGAGAACUGAUACUGUAAAGUGUGGUUAGGUUUAGAGAAAUGAUACUGUAAAGUGUGCUUAGGCUUAGAGAACUGAUACUCUAAAGUGUGGCCAGAUUAGACGCUGACGCUAUGAUAUGUAGUUAUGCUGAGAGAACUGACACUGUGAUUGUAUAUUAAUCAUUAUAUAGAAGGUUACCAUAAAAUGAGAUGAUUAGGGAUGGAUUUCUCCAAAUGGCAACACAUCCAUGGUUUUAAGUUCACAGGCUUUUUCUUGAAGACAGUUGAACUUGGUGGAUAGGUAGGGGGACCAUCUGGUUUUCCUGGGAACACGAUAGGGGUGAACAUUAAGAAUUACCUGUGGUCCUUUUUCCUCCAACACUCGGUUAUAUAGGAACAACCAAAAUGUGUUUAAAAAAGAAAAUCACAAAAAUAAACAAACAGCCACAAUAAUAUCUUCAAAGAAUGACAGACUUUUAUUACUAUACAAAACUAUCAUACGAAUUUACAAAAUAUCACUAAUAUACAUACAUACAUAUAUAUAUAUAUAUAUAUAUUACACUGCUUAAAUAAAGAUUAAAUUAAAAGCCACGAAAGUUUACAAAAUAAACAUGCCUCGUCUUACAUAUCUAACAAUAAUUGAACAGCAAACAUAUAACAGACAACAGAAACUUUGUAAACGAGAUAAACAACUGUAACCAUAGAAUAUAGAUAUCUGAUACAAUAAAAAACAAACUGUAUCAUUUAUGAAAGUAGUGUUUUGAUUCACUGGCAACUCGGACAUUAAACUUAAUAUCACGACCACUACUCCAUUGAUAAUUACUACAAAUUUAAACUUUAUAAAAGUUGUUUUGGUUUUAAUAACGUACCUUCUAUAAUUCAUCUACGCAGACUUCGAAAAUAAUAUUAAUUUUUUCUAUCAUGUAAGAAUUUUUUACAAAUCGGGAAGUAAAAAACAAAAUCUUACUUAGUUCAAAUUAUUAUUUCGUUUACCACAAUGAACAUUUUUUAUUAUGUUUGGGUUCUAGAACGAUCCAUAAUACUCUCACGUCGCGAUUGAUCUAGAGAAAUCUAUAGCCAGUGGCUGUGAACAUUUUAAGCAAAACAAAGUGUGACCCGAUUUCAAUGAAAAUGAUUCACUUAUGUAAAAAUUACAUGUGACAUUUUGUGAAAAAUCUGUAGGUGAUGGAGGAAAAUAGAUAUCAUUUUCGGAUUCAGCGUACAAUAAUUACUGUAGUACAUGUAAAAUUUUCAAGACAAUAAAACCAUCGUAGGUCUGUGUUAUCAAUAAAGCUAAACGUACCUAGUCACUCUGUGUCACAGAAAGUAGAUUAUGUCAGGAGAUAAGGUAUCACCUUAUCACAGAAGGUAGACUGUAUUAGUUGAUACUGUAUAUUGUUCAUAGAAGUUAAACUGUAUUAGUUGAUACUGUAUAUUGUGUACAUAAGGUAAGCAGUGUCAGUUGGUAACGUAUAUUGUUCACAGAAGUUAAAUUGUAUCAGUUGAUAUUGUAUAUUGUGUACAUAAGGUAAGCAGUGUCAGUUGGUAACGUAUAUUGUUCACAGAAGUUAAAUUGUAUUAGUUGAUAUUGUAUAUUGUGUACAUAAGGUAAGCAGUGUCAGUUGGUAACGUAUAUUGUCCACAGAGGGUUGGAUAUCAGAGUUGGUAAUGUAUGGUAGUUAGGGUAUUUAAGUAGUGAUGAUGCACAUUACAGAUGGUUGGGCAUAUCAGCUUUGUUGCUGAUGUAAUUAUAUUAGCAAUAUUU